CCGGCUGCGGUCGGUCGGGCGGUCGGCUUGGCACAGACCCCCGCCGCUGCUCGGGGAGCCCACCGGGAGGCUCUUCCCUGCUGGCAGGGGUGGGCACGCUCCUGCACACCCCGUUCCUCCACGCUGCUGUGCAUACAGAGAGAAGAGACUGAAAACCAAAUAUACAGCCAUGUUUCCACGUGAAUCCGUUAUAGCAGAAUCAAAACUUACUACUUCUGGAAGGGGCAGAUUUUUGUAACCCUUCCAAUGCUAGAACCUUGUGUACCAUGCUCUUUACACACAGUCUUUGUUUCACCUCAUCUGGCAUAAUGAAAACCCCCUCUGCACUGUCCAGUGUUUGGAGGGAAUUCUGUGAUGUGUGUUUGUGGAAAUACCCCAAAGCUUUUUAGAACUUCAGCUGUCAAAAUGGGCAGAAUCUUUCUUGAUCAUAUUGGUGGUACUCGUCUGUUUUCUUGUGCAAACUGUGAUACAAUCCUGACCAAUCGCUCAGAACUCAUCUCUACUCGGUUCACAGGCGCCACUGGUAGAGCAUUUCUUUUUAACAAGGUAGUUAACUUGCAGUACAGUGAAGUUCAAGAUCGGGUCAUGCUCACUGGCCGCCACAUGGUUCGAGAUGUGAGCUGCAAAAACUGCAAUAGCAAACUGGGAUGGAUCUACGAGUUUGCUACUGAAGACAGCCAGCGUUAUAAGGAAGGCCGUGUGAUCCUGGAACGAGCACUAGUUCGAGAGAGCGAAGGCUUUGAAGAGCAUGUACCAUCUGAUAACUCUUGAAGAAAAAAGAUAAAUCCAUCUUUUCCCAGGUCUCCUUCACUGAAAACAAAAUCUCCUUACAUACACUGUCACCUUAGCAUCAGAGUCGGAUUCAUGAACUGCAGAACAAGAGGUUGUGAGAAUCUAAGAUGGAACCUUUUUUUCUUUCUUUCUUUCUUUUUUUUAAUUUUGUAUUUUCCAUCCAACAGCAGUUUGUAGAGAGAAUUUUAUGCAUAUGCUGUUAAUUUUUUUCCCUGUGUUUACAUCUUGAGGCAGAAAAGUUUGCAGCUACAUGGUGGGCUAUGUGAGGGAAAAAUUGGGGUCCUUAGAGUGAAAAGGAGUGUUUUGUGUACAUUUUGAGUGGAGAAUAUGUCAAGAGCAUGGAUUUUAAAUUUAUUUGGGCUUUAUUUAAAAUUUUCUUUUUAACCCAGUUAUUUCACUUAAUUUGCUAGCUUCAAGAAGAGAUCCGAAUCUGUGCCCAGCGCUGGAGGCUCAGUGUUAGCAUGGCUUGUGCUGGCCACUGUGCCAUAUUCUUGUUGGAGAGGAACUGUAGCACCAGAACCCUUUCUUCCUUGUCAGUCUUGACCCACAGAUGUCACCAUCCCUAGGUCCUUGUCACCAUGGACUUGGUGUUGAUUGGAAACUUUCUGAAAUGGGGCAGAACUGGUUGGUUGUCUUUUCCAUGUAACUUAAGCAUAGUAAUAUAAAUAAAGUGGUAGUUGUAUGUUUUGGUCCUGUGUUACUUUUAAAAAUACCUAAUAAGAGAGCAAAAGUUUGAUAAGUGAUUUUCUUGGUAGUUAAAGUGAUUCUUCUCAAGCUUAAGCUCUAUCGACGAUGUAUAAGGUAUGUGUGUAGAUGAAAGCAUACUGUUUAACAGCAUUGUGUUUAGAAAGCAGUUGAGCAGAAUAUCAGUGUGCAUUCUUACAUACAUGGUUAGUCUGUACCUGUUGUAAAAGAGGGAGAAAUGAGGCAACUUACCUAACAUUCCUGCUUCACAAAGUGCUUCAGCCUUCCCCCACAUUUGUGAAUUGGUUUUGGCAAAUCUGUGGCACUAACAGUUUCAUCAAAGGACUGGGUCUCUGCUUGGGUCAUUAUUUCACAUCUUUCCUUAGAAGUUCAGCUAUUGCAUUUGAGCUGGACCUGAUACCACACCCUAUUGGAAAGAGGCCAGAUUUGCUCGACUUCCGCCAUGGAUUUGGCAUUACAAAGUAUUAGAAUAUGCUUCUUUAACCAAACUGUUUCUAGGCAGACUGAUACUUGCUUUUGGUGAAUUAGACAGGGCAGUGAAGUCAGCUAGUUAUACAAAUGAACAGAUGGAAAUUGUAGGCUCAGUUUCCAAGUCGUCUUUGAAGGAAAUUUGCCUGAGUUGAACAAGUGAAACUUUGUGUCAUUGACAUUAAAAGUGAUUUCUAAUUACAGUAAAGCUUAUGCUUAGCUUUGCACUCUCAGUUAAUGGCAUGGUUGUCUUGAGCAGGGAUAGUAUAAUAUUGCAUUUCCAGUGAGCAAACACAACUCUGUCAUCAACUUGAAUGCAACUUCAAGACUUAUGAUAGUAUUUAUUUCCACUGAUUGCUGCACUGGCCUGUGGUGCAGAUUUCUAGUCGCAUGCCUUACCUACAGCACCAUGUGCACUGCUGUCAAAAUAAAGUAUAUUUUGUCUUGCAUUGGUA